CCUCUGCUUCUCUUGCUCUGUGUUCUUCUGUGUUGAUGCCGUCCAUGCGAUCUUCAUCUUCAAAAUCUGCAACUUUGUGAAGUAGAGUUGUAAAUAUGGCUUACACGACUGCCGGGGGGACCAAGAAGAAGGUGUGCUACUACUAUGACGGUGACAUUGGAAAUUAUUACUAUGGCCAAGGACAUCCGAUGAAGCCACAUCGUAUCAGAAUGACUCACAACCUUCUCCUGAACUAUGGACUGUACAGGAAAAUGGAGAUUUAUAGACCACACAAAGCCACUGCAGAGGAAAUGACCAAGUACCACAGUGACGAUUACAUCAAGUUCCUUCGAUCAAUAAGACCUGACAACAUGUCCGAGUUCAGUAAGCAGAUGCAGAGAUUCAAUGUGGGAGAAGACUGUCCUGUAUUUGAUGGCUUGUUUGAGUUCUGUCAGCUCUCUUCUGGAGGCUCUGCUGCUGGCUCAGUGAAGCUGAACAGACAGCAGACCGACAUUGCAGUAAACUGGGCUGGUGGUCUUCACCAUGCUAAGAAAUCUGAGGCAUCUGGUUUCUGCUAUGUUAACGACAUCGUGCUGGCAAUCCUGGAGCUGCUCAAAUACCACCAGAGGGUGCUGUACAUAGACAUCGACAUCCACCAUGGUGAUGGGGUUGAAGAGGCCUUUUACACCACAGAUCGGGUCAUGACUGUAUCCUUCCACAAAUAUGGAGAGUACUUCCCCGGAACUGGAGACCUCAGGGAUAUUGGAGCUGGGAAGGGCAAAUAUUAUGCUGUCAAUUUUCCUCUGCGAGAUGGCAUUGACGAUGAGUCUUAUGAACAAAUCUUCAAACCGGUAAUGGCCAAAGUGAUGGAGAUGUACCAGCCCAGCGCCAUUGUCCUUCAGUGUGGAGCAGACUCUUUGUCUGGGGACCGACUUGGCUGCUUCAACGUAACCAUCCGAGGACAUGCCAAGUGUGUGGAGUACAUGAAGUCUUUUAACCUGCCCCUGCUGAUGUUGGGAGGAGGGGGGUACACCAUACGAAACGUGGCCCGCUGCUGGACCUAUGAGACGGCUGUGGCACUGGACACAGAGAUCCCUGAUGAACUACCAUACAACGACUAUUUUGAAUACUUUGGACCAGAUUUCAAACUGCAUAUCAGCCCAUCCAACAUGACCAACCAGAACACGCAGGAGUACAUGGACAAAAUAAAGCAGCGGCUCUUUGAGAACCUUCGCAUGUUGCCUCAUGCUCCAGGUGUGCAGAUGCAGGCCAUCCCAGAGGACGCCGUCCCAGAAGAUACAGUGGACGAGGACAAAGAGGACCCAGACAAGCGGCUCUCCAUUCGGGCCACGGACAAGAGGAUCGCUUGUGAUGAAGAGUUUUCAGACUCUGAGGAUGAAGGAGAGGGAGGCAGAAGGAACGUAGCCAACAACAAGAAGGGAGCCAAGCGACCGCGAGUGGAGGAGGACAAGAAAGAAGGAGAGGACAAGAAGACUGAAAUUAAAGAGGAAGAGAAGUCGAAGGACAUUGGUGCUGAAAAAACAGAUUCUAAAAGUGUGAAAGCAGAGCAGACCAGCAGUGCCUGAAGUGCUCGACAACUCUCCCAUGGUGCUAUCCGUCACCCUCAUCCAACCACACAUAUUAAUAAUGAGCAUUAUAUUUAUUCUGAAAUGUAUUUUUACUUGCAUAUUUUGUGUCAAAUGUCAUCCUUUUAUGUAGUCCUAAAAAUGUCCAGUUGCCACAUUAUUGGUUCCCUUUAAAUCUUUUCCAAUGUGCUCUGUCUUCUGAGUUGUUUUUAGCAAAAGCCUCUAGUUUGCAAAUGAUCAUGUCUGAAUUUUGAUAUUUUGCUUUUAUAAAUAAACUUUUUUAUAC